GAUUUACAGUUUUCCCCUCACGCCCCUUUUCUAUUCCAGGAUCCCACAACAGAGUUUGCUGUCACCUCUCCUUACAGAGUCUGAACGGUGCCGAACUGUCAGCACCAUCUGUCCGGUCCCAGCAUGCCUUCUGAGACCCCCCAGGCAGAAGUGGGGCCCACAGGCUGCCCCCACCUCUCAGGGCCACAUUCGGCACAGGGGAGCCUGGAGAAGGGGCUCCCAGGGGAUAAGGAAGCCAAGGAGCCCCUGUGGAUCCGGCCCGAUGCCCCGAGCAGGUGCACCUGGCAGCUGGGCCGGCCUGCCUCUGAGUCCCCGCAUCACCACACUGUCCCGGAAAAAUCUCCAAAAAUCUUGCCAGAUAUUCUGAAGAAAAUUGGGGACACCCCUAUGAUCAGAAUCAACAAGAUUGGGAAGAAGUUCGGCCUGAAGUGUGAGCUCCUGGCCAAGUGUGAAUUCUUCAACGCGGGAGGGAGCGUGAAGGACCGCAUCAGCCUGCGGAUGAUUGAGGAUGCUGAGCGCGCCGGGACGCUGAAGCCCGGGGACACGAUUAUCGAGCCGACAUCUGGGAACACCGGGAUUGGGCUGGCCCUGACUGCAGCUGUGAGGGGCUAUCGCUGCAUCAUCGUGAUGCCGGAGAAGAUGAGCUCGGAGAAGGUGGAUGUGCUGCGGGCCCUGGGGGCUGAGAUUGUGAGGACGCCCACCAAUGCCAGGUUCGACUCCCCAGAGUCACACGUGGGCGUGGCCUGGCGGCUGAAGAAUGAAAUCCCCAAUUCUCACAUCCUAGACCAGUACCGCAACGCCAGCAACCCCCUGGCUCACUACGACACCACCGCUGAUGAGAUCCUGCGGCAGUGUGACGGGAAGCUGGACAUGCUGGUGGCUUCAGUGGGCACGGGUGGCACCAUCACGGGCAUUGCCAGGAAGCUGAAGGAGAAGUGUCCUGGAUGCAGGAUCAUUGGGGUGGAUCCCGAAGGGUCCAUCCUCGCGGAGCCAGAGGAGCUGAACCAGACAGAGCAGACAACCUACGAGGUGGAAGGGAUCGGCUAUGACUUCAUUCCCACGGUGCUGGACAGGACGGUGGUGGACAAAUGGUUCAAGAGUAACGACGAGGAGGCGUUCACCUUUGCCCGCAUGCUCAUCGCGCAAGAGGGGCUGCUGUGUGGUGGCAGUGCUGGCAGCACGAUGGCGGUGGCCGUGAAGGCCGCGCAGGAGCUGCAGGAGGGCCAGCGCUGCGUGGUCAUUCUGCCCGACUCGGUGCGAAACUACAUGACCAAGUUCCUGAGCGACAGGUGGAUGCUGCAGAAGGGCUUUCUGAAGGAGGAGGACCUCAUGGAGUUAGGAUCCUUUCGCGCGAUGCUUUCCUGUCACCCGUGUUCCUUUUCCUGGGACCAGUGGGGCCCACUGACCGCGCUUCCCUUGCAGAUCCGCCUGACGGACACGCUGGGCAGGCUCUCGCACAUCCUGGAGAUGGACCACUUCGCCCUGGUGGUGCACGAGCAGAUCCAGUCGCGGGACCAGGCCUGGGCAGGUGUGGUGGGGGGGCCUGCAGACCACAGCACCGGGAAGUCCAGUCAGCGGCAGAUGGUGUUCGGGGUGGUCACUGCCAUUGACUUGCUGAACUUCGUGGCCGCCCAGGAGCGGGACCAGAAGUGAAGUCUGGAGCGCUGGGCACUGUGGAGCGGCCCCACCACCCUGGCCCGCUUCUCCUUCGCUUUCCUGAGCCCUAAACACACACAUGAUUGGUAACUGCCUCGCCUGGUACCCGGUAUCCCUGCAGACAGCAAGGAGCAUCCGUCUCCCCUCAUUAACACAUGGCUUCCUAAAUGGCCCUAUUUACGGCCUGUGAGAUGAAAUGCGCUUUUCUCUAAUGUAACUUCCUCUUAGGAUGUUUCACCAAGGAAAUACUGAGAGAGAAGUCGGCCAGGUAGGAAGAACACGAGCAAUGACUGGGCAGAGUGGAUUAAAGGCAAAAGAGAGAAGAAGAGUCCAGGACGGGGACAGGGAAGCGGGCAGGGAGAAGCCCGGGUGGCUGGGCAUCCUCCAUGGGCAGCGCCGUCUGCUCGGGACUGAGCUGGUGGGAGCAGUUUGUGUGUUUGGGUUUUUUAAUUGAGGUGAAAUUCAACUUACCUAAAAAUCAAUCACCUUAAAGUAAAUGAUCAGCGGCAUUUAGUACAUCCAGAAAGUUGUGUAGACACCACCUCUGUCACGUUCCGGAACAUUCUCUCAUCACCGCAGGAAGCAAUCAUUUCCCCUCCCGUCUUCCUCCUCCCCUGGCAACUGCUAACCACCUUUCUGUCUCUAUUGUCUAAAAUAGGUUCUCCCUGUUCUGGACGUUUCAUAUAAAUGGAAUCACACAA